AUGCUGGCGAAGAGCGCUACGUCUGCGGAAAUAAUAGCGCAGGAGACGGCGCAGCAGUCGAUGGAAAAUCACCCCGUCAUUCGCACCCUGUACGACCACAUGGAGGAGGUUCGUUGCUUGGACUUUCACCCGACUUCACAGAUCCUUGUGUCAGGAGGGAAGGAUCGGUUUAUCAAACUCUACGACUAUUCGAAACCGUCGGUGAAGCGAGCUUUUAAAACAAUACAGGAAUCUGAAGAAGUGCGUAGCAUAACAUUCCAUCCUUCGGGCGACUACCUGCUCGUGGGAACGGAUCAUCCGACAUUGAGACUAUACGACGUAGAGACGGCAUCCUGCUAUGUAAGUUCUGUGCCCCAGCAUCAACACAAGGCACCCAUCACAGCAGUUCGUUAUAGUCCGGAUGCAAAGCUUUACGUGACCAGCUCAAAAGAUGGCGACAUCAAACUCUGGGACGCUGUCUCCAACAAGAGUAUUAAUAGUUUUGUGAAAGCCCACGACGGUGCAGAAGUCUGCUCUGUGGUGUUUGCGCGCAAUGGAAAGUACAUACUCUCGGCCGGCAAGGACUCGUUAGUGAAGCUGUGGGAACUGUCGACGAGCCGCUGUCUCAUCGCGUACACGGGCGCCGGAGCAACGGGAAAGAUGACGCAUCGCGUGCCCGCAGUCUUCAACCACACAGAGGAUUACGUGUUCUUUCCGGAUGAGAAGACAAUAAGCUUGUGUUGCUGGAACAGCAGGAACGCAGAGAGACAGAGGCUGCUAUCUCUCGGUCACAAUGCGGCGGUACGGUCCAUCGUGCACUCGCCCACGGGACCAGCGUUCAUUACCUGCAGUGAGGACUUCCGUGCUAGGUUCUGGUACAAGAAAGCACAGGCCGACUGACGAGGGAAGACGACCAUUCUUACGUCAGCGUUUUUGCGAUAUCCGCCAAUGGAAUAAGAAGUCAUGUCAUAUCAGCAGUCACUCUCAAACUCCGGAUCUCAAAGGUCUUGGGCAUGAAAUUAAAUUUCCAUGAUUGAUUGUUUUUUUUUUGGUAAUUUUUUUCACACCUUAUAUAUUUAUUACUGGUAUGACUCUACGUCUGUUUAUCCUUAUAAUUACCUGUGCUUAUGGCAUUUUGGAUUACUUAGCCAGAAACUUUGUAUCUAGGGUCACGAUAUUCUUUUUGGUUGGAAAACUUCCUGUCUGAGAUUAGUUAGAAUUUAAUGAGAUGAUAUUGUGUGACCGAUCCCUUAGUUACACACGUGGCAAUAAUCAAGACGUUUGCUAUUUUAAGGCAAGAGAUCAUUAACACAAUAUCAGAAUGGCAAUGCUUGAUUUCUGUUGUGUAUAUGUCCUGCUCAUAUAAAUAGUAUAUGCAUCAGUGCGAUAAGACUGAUAUAUAGGCCUACCUGUGUGGACACACGUGCAGGAAGUUAUAACACUAAAUUGCCAAUGGUAAUGAUAGUAAAGUGAUUACGAUGCAUGUCUACAUACAAAAUGCAUUUCUGACCUUUGCAUCAUUGAUUAUCAAAGAUUAAAUGAUUGUAUGUUAAUGUAAUGUCAUGAACAACUCGGCCGAUAAUAAAAACUAUACUGUGUAGUUUGUACUGCGCAAAACUGCUUUCCUAUGUUUGAUCGUCGAAUAUACGUCGAAUCGUUGUCUGAAGGUUAAACAGAAUAAGAUUCCUGUCUGACUAAUGUCUGUCUAAGAUCUGACUAUUGUUUUUAUAGCGCACUCUGUAUAUAUGGAUUGAAGGCACUACAUUACCUUGGAUCAUGAUGUUCGGCAACCACGACAGAAAAGUAAUACGAGUUCAGUGUCAUUUACAACAA